AUGCUAGACAUUAUCCGGAGCCUCAAGUCGCUGCUCAAGACCAGUCGAGUCCACAUCGACAACGAGGUUUUCCGUCUGCACUACACGGCGACCGUCAUCAUCCUGCUGGCCUUCUGCAUCGUGGUGUCUACAAAGCAGUUCGUGGGCGACCCCAUCGACUGCUCUAAAUCGGCAGACAUGCCGCAGACUGUCAUCAACACCUACUGUUGGAUUCACGCGACGUACAGCGUGACGAGUCUUAUGCGCAAAGACGCCGAAUCCGUCGUUUAUCCGGGCGUCGGGCCCGCGAGGGCCAGCAGCGUCCACAAUCCUGGGGACCACAAGUACCACAGGUACUACCAGUGGGUGUGUUUCAUGCUGUUCUUCCAGGCGACGCUGUUCUACAUGCCGCGCUGGUUGUGGAAGUUCUGGGAAGGCGGGAAGAUACAGGCGCUCAUGAUGGACCUGGAUGUGGGCAUGUGUGGCGAUGCCGAGAAAAAACAAAAGAAGAAGCUUCUGGUCGACUACCUGGUCUCCAGCCUGAAGCAGCACGACUGGUACGCGGCGCGGUACUUCUUCUGCGAGCUGCUCGCCUUCGUCAAUGUCGUCGGACAGAUGUUCCUUAUGGACCGCUUCUUCGACGGCGAGUUCCUCACCUACGGCCUGGACGUGAUCCGCUUCCUGGACCAGGAUGAUGAGGAGCGCAUCGACCCCAUGAUCCGCGUCUUCCCCAGAGUAGCCAAGUGCCAGUUCUACAAGUUCGGCCCGUCGGGAAAUAGGGAGACGCACGACGCAAUCUGCAUCCUGCCACUCAACAUAGUUAACGAAAAGAUCUACAUAUUUCUCUGGUUCUGGUUCAUCCUGCUGGGUGCCGUCUCCGGCAUGGUCCUGCUGUUCCGAGUCAUCGUCACCGCGUGCCCGCCCGUCCGCGUGUACCUCCUCAACCUCCGCUUCAGGAUUGUACACCUGGACCACCUGCAUACCGUCGUGCGCCGGGGCUCCCUGGGUGACUGGUUCCUCAUCUACAUGCUGGGCCAGAAUGUGGAUUCUGUCAUCUUCAAGGAGGUCAUCGCGGAGAUGGCCAAGCGGAUGACCACCGAGCCCAAGGAGUCGUCUGCAUGACGACGCGCGUGCCGGCCUACCGCGCUGGGCCGACCAAACUCUCA